CCUGCUAGUGUGAGCGGGACUUCCGUUGUCAGGGUGCUGGCGGCUCGGUUGCUGCUGCAGUGUGUCUGGGGAAGGCCCGGCAUGUCCGGACGGUUCUGGUGGUAAACAAGGAUGAACGGCUUCAGCACCGAGGAGGACAGCAGAGAUGGGCCUCCCGCCCCGGCUGCUCCGUUCUUCGGACAGACGUGCUGUCUGAUAGAUGGAGGGGAGCGCUGCGCACGGCCGGCGGGGAACGCGUCAUUUAGUAAGAGGGUGCAGAAGAGCAUCUCCCAGAAGAAGCUCAAACUGGACAUCGACAAGAGCGUCCGACACCUUUACAUUUGCGACUUCCACAAGAAUUUCAUUCAAAGUGUUCGGAACAAGAGGAAGAGAAAAACCAGCGAUGAUGGGGGUGACUCUCCAGAACACGACACAGAUGUUCCAGAGGUCGACCUCUUUCAGCUUCAGGUGAACACCCUCCGCAGGUACAAGAGGCAUUACAAACUGCAGACCCGUCCAGGACUUAACAAGGCACAGCUAGCAGAGACUGUGAGCCGGCACUUCCGGAACAUUCCUGUAAAUGAAAAGGAAACCUUGGCCUAUUUCAUCUACAUGGUGAAAAGCAACCGGAGCCGCCUGGACCAGAAAUCUGAAAGCGGCAAACAGCUGGACGCCUAGCCACAGAGACUAUGGGUUGGAAGAAGAAGCAACAAACUGUUAUUUGUACAUAAGAAUAGUGAAUGCGGCAAGACCACACAUCCUGUGCCAUAGCAGAUGGUCCACAAGGGCGGAUGGACAGUGACCAGGGCAGCACUGCGCAUUGCAUGAGGCCAGAAAAGCCCCCCAUCCUCUUACUGCUCUAUGCCUGGAAGAUGUAGCGUGAGCUGCGUCCAGAGUGGGAGUAAUCCUCACUGGUGGGCACAGAUCUAUGUGUGUAAAUGAAAGAGACAUGAAUGGCCAGAGACUGGAGGGUUUUUCUUUUGCUAUUGGUGAUGACCAGGGUUUGUAGAUCCAGAUCCUGGGACUAGAGAUGAGCACAUUGGUUCAUAGAAAUGGAUUUGUCUUAUCAAGCAGAGUUGUGCAGCGAGGUGUCGCCAACGCAGAGGACAUUCCCUAUACCGAUUGAUUGACAAGGCCAGACAUCCCGGUUGGCCUUGACAAUCUUGCGGCUGUGCCAUUGCUCUAAGUAGCAGCGCAAGCGCAGAGGCUCUGCUUCCACGAGCGGUGCAGUGACUCUUUAUGUGCCACUACCCAUCGAAUCGCUCAUUUCCACCUGGGACCUUUACCUAAGUUCUUUGCCAGUCACUUGUCUGACGCCUUAAAAGCUCUACAGAGAACCGGACACUAUUUGCCCACCGACCAGUGUGAUACCAUAAUAGUUAUACCAGUGCCAAACCAAGGAGAGCAGCGCUGACGAGAAGGCACAAGGGGCAUAAAAGUUUUGUAUUGUAAAAUAGAAACAUCUACAAGUACUUUUUGAAUCCAUUCUUCACAGUUGUCAAGAUCUCUGCUUGCUGACGUUAAUAGGACCUUCCAUUGGUUACUUCCUGUGGUUGAAACUCUCUCCUGGGUAUGUGAUGAGCGCAAUGGUCCGGGGCUUGUCACAGUAAUCAGAGCUAUGUCUCAUAAGGAGCCCAACACCUAUGUGUCUGUUGCAUGACCAGUAAACAAUGAAUGUUCUUGUUGAAUGACAGCAAGCAGAGAUCUUGAAAAAGGUGAGACAUCUCUCACUAUCCUCAUUAUCCAUCUCUCAUUAUCCAGUGAAGCUUUACUUUCUGAAUCCAGUUCUGUGAAGUUCUGAAAAAGACUGUAUGGCAUCCACUCCAUGACGUGUCCGAAGUGCACACUGAAUUACACCGCCCCCUUCAGGGGCACUGAUUGGCAGUUUUGGGUGUAGCUGUACCCACUGGUAUAAGAUUAUUAUACUCCUAGGUCCGCCGCAGGGACGCGUUUUCUUCAGUGAUGUUGAGGAAGGACACCAGUCCUGAAUCCUUCUGCUUUGGAUAUUCCACUAAGGGCAAAUUCACACGCGGCAAAUCUGUUGCCGAAAUUUCUAUGACUGAAAAUCCGUUCUAUUCAUCCGAAUGGGCAAGCACAUGGGUGUCUGCAAGCAGCAUUGCAUGUGAUUCACCCCUAGUACAGUAGGUACUUGCAGACCCCAUACUGAAGCAGCUUCCCCCACUCCAGCAGGUCUGAUUCUCAGCAAUAAUUGGCGCUCACAUUGGCAGCUGCCUCUCCAGGACCGGACGCGAUCUUUUUAUUUUUUUACUAUGUUUUAAUAGCCCCCGUAUAUCCGAUUCACCCAGACCCUUCCAGUGAUUGUCACAUUUACUUGUGGUUGUGAUUUCCAUGUUGUAACGUCGGGCACCUCUAUGUAUGUGAUUGGCAGACAGUGCAUCUGCUUGGUAUAAUCUAUAUCCAACAAUUGUUUUCUUCUUAUGUGAUGUUUUACAAAUGAAUGUACUUCA